AUGUCCUGCGACGUAUCCUAUCAUUUUACCUAUUCGCUGAGAUCUUUUAUCAAAAGAAGAAGCUGGAAGAAGCGCAAAAGUCCUACCGGAAAGCACUUACUAUGAAGCGAAAGCUUUUAGACACCACAAGUUGGCUGGAAGCGAAUUGUUUUAGCCUUUUGGCAAAUGUUUCCGCUGCUCAAGGGGACAAUCUUGCGGCAGAGGUAUAUAGAGAUAAAGCAGAGGCAUCUGGUACCCAAAAUGCUUCCCUGGACGAGGAUCCUGAAAUCAAAGCAGCCUGGUUCGCUAGCAUCAUCACCUCUCGAACGGGAGUUGGUAUUGUCAGUGACAUAAUUGAGUUCUCUGAUUACCAAAUUUAUGAUAAUUUCUUAAACAAUGAAGGCCGAGAUGGAAUCGUGGCUAUAUACGCCCAUGACCUAGCUUGGCCUGUAGAUGAAGAAGCAGCUCACCUAAGUAUAACCAGGGAAUUGGCCGAGUAUAAUUUGCUAUUUCCCAGAUAACAUUUGUCCAUUUAGUAGCAGCAUCUCAGGUUUUUGGCUCCCCGUGGUUCGGUAUAUACGCAC